UACGAGAAUCAAGGCUUAACUGAAAAAAUUGUACAGAUGCUAGAUUUGCAAAGUGAGAAACAUCGUCGUAUGUUGUAUUCUAUGGAAAUGGAGCAGAUGGCGGAAAACGCCAAAAAACAAAUGGAAGACGUGAGUCAUAUUCAGACGGAUUUCGUCACUGCGACACAGAUUGGUCACGUGAAGACAAUGUUCAAGGUUGCAUGGAGUCCGUUUCUUGCCGCGUUCAGCUUCAAUCUACAAGACAACGACGAUUCUUCUGUUGCUUCAUUUUGUCUUGAUGGAAUCCGCUGUGCAAUACGAAUAUCUUGCAUAUUCAGCAUGCCUUUGGAAAGAAAUGCUUUCGUACAAGCGCUAUCCAGGUUCACUUUACUUACUGCGACCAGUGGCACGCAUAUUCAUGAAAUGAAAACGAAGAACAUGGAGACGAUCAAGACACUUCUUACCAUCGCUCAAACGGAUGGUAAUUACAUCGGGAAGUCUUGGCUCGAGAUACUGAAAUGCAUUUCCCAACUUGAAUUGGCUCAACUUAUCGGUACUGGUGUGAAAACGCGAUACCUUCACACGGCGUCCAGCGGUGUUACUAAUUCACCCACAGCAUUCAUCGCAAACAACAAGACAUCUUAUGAUAUAACCUCAGGUCGGAUGCCUGUUGCCGCUGACUCGAAAAAAGCGGCUGGCUCACAGGAAGCCAUUUGGGAGACCGCUGCACAAAGUGUUGUCGUUGCAGUUGACAGAGUUUUCACGGGAUCAGUGAAACUGGAUGGUGAUGCUAUCGUCGAUUUCGUGGAAGGUUUACGUCAAGUCUCGGAAGUUCACCUUUCCAAUCCUACAAUGAUACGUAUGUUUAGUCUGCAGAAGAUCGUAGAGAUUGCUUAUUACAAUAUUGUUCUUAUUCGGCUGCAAUGGUCACGAAUAUGGGCUGUGUUGGGAGAUCAUUAUAACAAGAUAAUUCAUGUGUCAUUUUAAUGUGGUUGUAACUCUAAUAAAGAAGUUGCGUUCUUCUUUGCGACAAUUAUCCAUGAAGUUCUUGGAAAAGGGGGAAUUGCCAAAUUUCCGAUUUCAAAA